AUGAGUUUUGGAUAUGGCAGUGUGAUCUUAGUUGCUCUGAUGCUUCUUCCCCACAUGGCUUCCGCGGGUUCUACUGUGAAGAACUUGCCGGGUUACGAGGGUGAUCUUCCAUUCAAGCUUGAAACUGGAUACGUGGGAGUGGGAGAAGAAGAACAAGUGCAAAUAUUUUACUUAUUUGUGGAGUCUCAAAGAAACCCAUUCAUUGAUCCAUUGUUACUUUGGUUGGUUGGUGGUCCAGGUUGCUCUGCUCUUUCAGCAUUCUUUUUUGAAAAUGGGCCUUUAGUGAUGAAUGAGAAUUACAGUGGGAAGCUCCCAAAACUUGAAUUGAACAGACAUGCAUGGACGCAUUCGUUGAAUAUGAUAUACAUAGAUAUGCCAGUGGGCACUGGAUUUUCCUACUCUCAAACGCAAGAAGGCUAG